AUGUUAGCUGGUUUUUCAAAGCCUUCUGCAGGCCAGAUCCUUUGGAAUGGUCAUGAUGUAACCAAAUCUGGAGUGUUCCAUCAGUAUAAGCUUCAGCUCAAUUGGCUCUCCCUGAAAGAUGCCGUGAAAGAAAAAUUUACCGUACUCGACAAUGUUCAGUGGUUUGAGCUUCUUGAAGGCAAGCAAGGGAAUUCUCUACCUGCUCUUGAGUUGAUGGGGCUUGGAAGAUUAGCAAAGGAGAAGGCAAGAAUGUUGUCAAUGGGCCAACGGAAAAGGCUACAGCUUGCAAGGUUGCUGGCAAUUGAUAGGCCAAUUUGGUUGCUGGAUGAGCCUUCUGUUGCGUUGGAUGAUGAUGGGGUGAGGUUGCUUGAGUACAUUAUCGCAGAGCACAGAAAGAAGGGAGGGAUUGUUUUUGUUGCGACACAUCUGCCAAUUAAGAUUGAGGAUGCCAUGUACUUAAGGCUGCCAGCAAGGUUUCCCAGAAGGAUGACCUUGGUAGAUAUGCUUGAUCGUGCAGACAUCUCAUGA